CUGCUAUCAUUUUUCUAUUUUCCUGAGCGCAUAUUCUUCUGUUAUUAUUAACUUUUAUUCCAAAUUGCCCAGAAGACUCUUAAAACGGAGCAAACACGCAACUACACCUUUCCACACCCCUUAUUAGAGAGAGAGAGAGAGAGAGAGAGAGUUGAAGAGUCUUGAGAGUAGACUUUUUGACGGGACAAAGUGGGCCUCUCGUUAGGCCAAUCGAAGUCUCAUUUAUAGAGUUGAGGUUUCAGAAAGUGGAAAACAAUUUUCAUCUCUUUUUCUGUUCUCUUGUUUUGUUAUUCUUCCCGGAUUUCUCUCAGGUAUUCAUUCCUCUGGUAAUAGCUAUGGCGGUUGAAGUUGUGAUGAGACCCAAGACUAAGAUCGUCUGUACGUUGGGUCCUGCUUCUAGAUCCAUACCCAUGAUUGAAAAGCUUCUCCAUGCCGGUAUGAACGUUGCUCGAUUCAACUUCUCACAUGGAUCUCACGAGUAUCAUCAGGAAACCCUAGAUAAUCUCCAGGCCGCCAUGGCCAACACUGGGAUUCUCUGUGCGGUUAUGUUGGACACUAAGGGGCCAGAAAUUCGUACUGGAUUUUUGAAGGAUGGAAAGGCCAUCCAAUUAGAGAAAGGCCAAGAGAUCACUGUCUCCACAGACUAUAGCAUCAAGGGCGAUGAGACCAUGAUCAGCAUGAGUUACAAAAAAUUAGCUGAGGAUUUGAACCCAGGAAGUGUGAUACUGUGUGCCGAUGGUACAAUCACACUCACUGUCCUGUCUUGUGACAAGGAUAAGGGUUUGGUUCGAUGCCGCUGUGAGAAUUCUUCUCUUCUUGGUGAGAGGAAAAAUGUAAAUCUUCCAGGGGUUAUUGUGGACCUCCCUACACUAACUGAGAAAGAUAAAGAGGACAUAAUGCAGUGGGGGAUUCCAAAUAAGAUUGACAUGAUUGCCUUAUCCUUCGUUCGCAAGGGUUCAGACCUUGUGGAGGUUCGAAAGCUACUGGGCGAGCAUGCAAAGUCCAUCCUUCUCAUGUCAAAGGUUGAAAAUCAAGAAGGGGUGGCUAAUUUUGAUGAUAUACUGGCUAACUCAGAUGCUUUUAUGGUGGCAAGAGGUGAUCUUGGAAUGGAAAUUCCUAUUGAAAAGAUAUUCUUAGCCCAAAAGGCGAUGAUCUACAAAUGCAACAUGCAAGGGAAGCCUGUGGUUACUGCAACUCAAAUGUUGGAGUCCAUGAUCAAGUCUCCAAGGCCUACAAGAGCUGAAGCCACUGAUGUUGCUAAUGCAGUGCUUGAUGGCACAGAUUGUGUUAUGCUCAGCGGGGAAACAGCAGCUGGGGCUUAUCCUGAACUUGCUGUGCGGACCAUGGCCAAGAUUUGCAUAGAAGCUGAGUCCUCCAUUGAUUAUGGAGCGGUGUUCAAACGGGCUAUGGAAGCUGCACCAGUGCCCAUGAGCCCAUUGGAGAGCUUGGCAUCUUCAGCAGUGAGGGCAGCCAACUCUACAAAAGCAACUCUGAUUUUGGUUCUAACCAGAGGAGGCACCACUGCAAAGCUGGUGGCCAAGUACAGGCCUUCAAUGCCAAUAUUAUCCGUGGUGGUUCCUAAGAUAAAAACAGAUUCUUUUGAUUGGUCUGUCAGCGAUGAAUAUCCAGGAAGGCAUAGCCUUAUUUUCCGAGGGUUGGUGCCUGUUUUGACUGCAGGGUCUGCAAGGGCAUCUGAUGCAGAAUCGACAGAGGAAGUACUGGAGUUUGCCCUUAAACAUGCAGUGGCAAAGGGACUAUGCAAGGUUGGUGAUUCGGUAGUUGCAUUGCACCGAAUUGAGUCUUCUUCCAUAAUCAAGAUUGUAACUGUGAAGUGAUGAUUUUGAUUGCCGCCUUUCCUGGAACACGAGAUACUGAUGAUUUUGAUUUCUGCCUUUCCUUGGACACGAGAUACAGGAGUUGUGCGUACACUGGUCUUUAUGUUUUGAGUAAUGUGAUUGUCUAGACAUAGUUUUGGUGAGAACCAGAACCAUGAUUUAAGUUUUUUUUUUUAUUAUUAUUAUUAAUUAUGGUGUUUGUGAGAAAUGGAACAACAUUGAUUUUGAUUAAUCGAGGCACAAGCACAAUUUUGUGAGAA